UAUGGUUUUUCGUUUGGAGUCUGAUAUGGAGUGAUUUUGAGCAGCGGCGACGUGAAAGAAAAAAAAGAGGGGCGUUUUGCCCUGCUGCCGGCUUUGCCGUGCUGCCGGUUGCCGGAGCAAGAUGGCUUGGAUUGCGUUUUUCUUUAUGCUAGAGAAUAUAUUCUUUUUUUCGAAAUGUUUAAAAGUUUUUGUGCGAGAUGCAAGGAACAUUUUCCUCUCGAGAUGUCUGGAGAAAUGUACGCGCGCUGCAAAGAUGCUGAGAACUGAUUACUACUUUAGUGCGAGAUGUAUAGAGGAAAUCUAUCAAGAAAAUUUAAAACAGAUUUUCCUUCUUCACCCGAAUCCCCGGAUAAUCUCUUCCGAACCCUAAAAUUUGAUAUUCCCGAAGUGAAUAUGCCUGACACUUGGAAGUUCCGGAUCGACGUGUAGUUAUUAUUUUCCGGCUUUUGUGCUUCCUGACGCCUUUCUGUGUGACGACGUUCCACACAGAAAAUAUGUUCCUGAAGAACGAAAUUUUCCCUGAUCUGGCGGUUAGUUUCACAAAAAGGACUUUAUCCCGUUACCAGAUAUUCUUGUACAGAAUGGACUUUAGCUCGAGAGUGUUAGUUAAACUGUAAUCAAAGUGUUGGCUCAAGGAAAUAGACUUCCUCCUUGACUAAGAAAACUGAACACGCCCCUCAAUGUUGUGUAUUCCGAAGAAUAUAGUUUUCAAGAGAUUUCGCGAACUGGAUCCUCAUCAUAUUCCUCAAGUCAUGACAGGAGAGGAGGCACAUACAAUCUCCGUUCCUAUGGAGAAAGUAGAAAAAAUGCCGGAGCUUAAGGAGAACCCUUUCAGACAACGGAUUUGCAAAGUGUUCUCGAACGACGGAAGCGGAAACUUGACAUUUGAUGACUUCCUUGACAUGUUCUCCGUCUUUAGCGAGCAGGCGCCUCGCAAUGUCAAGCAAGUUUACGCUUUUAAGAUAUAUGACUAUGAUGGAGAUCAAUUCGUCGGGCCCAAAGAUUUGGAGCAAGCAGUUACAGCUCUCACUAGAGCACAGUUAAAUGAUGAGGAAGUCUCUAUUGUUGUUGAGAAAGUUCUUGACGAAGGAGAUUUAGAUGAUGAUGGGAAACUUUCAUUUGUCGAGUUUGAAGCUAUCAUUUCUAAAGCUCCCGAUUUCUUAGGCACAUUCCACAUCAGAAUUUGAGAAAAAGAAAUAAUAUUUGAUCUCUUCAAACCUCCAUAUGGGAAAUCCAGCUCAGAAUACCAAAGAGAGAUCAACUCUACCACAACAAGCCUAUUGCAGCAGAUUUUUAUCUAUUUUUCAGAUACACAUUUUUUGUUUGUUUCUUCGUAACAUUUCUUCGCAAGACAGCGUUAUUCCGUGAGGAACUGAAAGAAACUUACUCUUUUACGCAUACAAUGUGACCAUUUUAUUUUUGAUGUAUGACAUAAAUAAUUUCCUUCAAAAGUGUAUCCUUUGAAUACACAUUGCAAAUGUAUGUUUAUAAAAAUGUAUGUUAUAAAAAUACGUUGAAAUGAAUAAUUAUGUGCUAUAUAUCAUUUAAUUUUUAUUUUUUUAAAUACUGUUGCAUUAUGUUGAAAUCAAAAUAGUUAUUGAACAAUGUUAAUUUAUCUUAUGUUUUGUAAAAACAGGCAUUUAUUUACAUUUUUGUGUAGAAUUGCUUUGAAUUUCUAACUCUACGUUAAUUAAUAUUUAAGUACUUAUGACCAAAUAUGUUAAAAAGAUUUAGUAAUGAAUUAAGAAUAAUCCUUCAAAUAGUUAAGGCAAAAAGUAAAAAAAAAAAAAAAAAA